AUGAGCGAGCCCAUCCCUGGGAGCUCUCCGUCGCCUAGUUUGCGCCAUCAGAGUGUUGAACUGGCCGAUGCAACGAGCCCCGCCAUGGAUCGUGGACAAGGCGAACCAGCAACUGGCGCUUCAGUUCACGAGAGCUCUCCGUCCCCCGGUUUGCGCAAUCAUAGCGUCGAGCUGGCCGAUACAGCGAGCCCUGCGAUAGAUCAUGGACAAGACGAACCAAUAGCCGACGCUCCAAUCCGUGAAAGCUCUGUUUCGUCAACUUUGAACCAGACUGGAUUGGAUAUAGUGGACGCAGCGAGUUUGGUUACAAAUACGGACGACGAAGACUCUAUGAAUCUGGAUACUGCAAGCCCAAAGCAACAAAACACACAAAUACAUGUUGAAUUACGGCCGCUGCCCUCACAUCUGCGCGCCCAGUAUGUCAACACUGAAAGUGAUAUUGUGGAAAGGGUCAUUCAGGAGGAGGUGCUGGAAAAUGGGGAGGUGAGAUAUCAUGUAGAGUUUACAGAUGGUCGCGAGGAACAGGUUGAUCAUAGCACACUGAAUAGCUACGAAACUGGAGCCGCUGCGCUGAUGGCAUUCUAUCAACCUGCUAAUGCAGGUAAAAGAAAGCGAUCAGAUGACGAUAAUUGGAUUUCUGAUUCGGAUAGCGUUGGAUCAGACUUGCCAGACUUUGAUCAAAAUGAGGAACUCGACAUUCAGUCAAGCCCAGAUGUCAUCUCUCGUCAACCCCGACUUCGGAGUUUGAGACCAAGCAGCAGCCGGCAGAGUUCUCAUAUUCAACACAGUCCAUCUGACUUGGAUGACGAGAAACCAAAGAAGGAUUUACCUACACGCACCUUGAGAGCACGACCUCAAAAGAUCAUAGAUUAUCGAGACGAGCUUGCAGGUGAUCCUGUCCCUCAGUCGGAUGGCGAUGAUGAUCCUCCUUUUAUUACUUCAGAUAUUGUUCAAGCUAAGGCCAAGACGCGCCGCUCGCGCCUCCAACCACGCUCACAGAGGCUGUCUCGUCGCCCAAAACCAUCUAACAAGCGACGAAGUCCUGACUCGGAUAUUGAGUUUGAGGCCCCUCGCCGAUCUUCUCGGGCCACUAGGAAUCAAUUGUUCAUGCAAGAUGGGGUAAAUGAAGAUGAUGCAUUCGAACUUGUGGACGAUAAAGGGCAAGGAGCGCCUAGAGUCAUCUCAAUCCGAGAGAUAUUUCAGCCUUCCGACUCUACUUUUGUCUCCGUUCACAUGGAAACAUGCCAUACUUGUAAUGGAACAAAGUCCAAAGGCCAGCUAGUUCACUGCCAGGGUUGCAGUUUGUCAUACCACAAAAACUGUCUUGGUUUCCGAAGUGGCCGAGAGCACAUGGUUACGAAAGUUGGAGAAGAGAACUUCGUUUUGCAAUGCCGAUUUUGUAUCGGCGUCCACGGGAAGAAAGACCGAAUCGCGCCUAAAUAUGGUGCUUGCCAAGACUGCCACGCAGAUGGCAAAGCCUGUGCGGCUUUUUCAUCUAAGAAAACUGCACGACAAGAGGAAAAGCUUCGCGAUGAGAAUGGCGGGGUUGAUCCCAUUACUCCUGUCUCAGAGACUCUGCUCAACAAUGCGGAGCUUGUCCUGUUCAGAUGCAAGAAUUGUCAUCGAGGGUGGCAUCUUAAGCACUUGCCACCUCACGGUGACGGCCCAACGAAAAUAGGAACUGACCUGCGGGCCGAGCAGCUCAAGGAUUAUUCAAUUGACUGGCUCUGCAAUGACUGUGGCCUGAUGACGCAGAAAAUCCACCGUCUAGUUGCUUGGAGACCAACUAAACAAAGUCAAUCCUCAGCAAACUCCGAUUUCCCCGUCUUGUUGCAUUCGGAAGUGAGUGAGGAUAAAAAAGAAUACUUGGUCAAGUGGGAAAACCUCUCCUAUGCCCACUGCUCAUGGAAACCUGGAGCAUGGGUUUUUGGUGUAGUUGCUCCGACAUCUCGUGUGUCUUUCGCCAAGAGGGAUGCAGAGCGGAGCUUAAUGAGCAUGACCGAAAAAGACGCCAUUCCCGACGAGUAUCUGAUGCCCGAGAUUAUACUUGACAUCAAAAUGGCGAGCUCUGCCCCAAGACCGAAUUCCAAGGAAGAGCAGCUGGCAAGCGUUUCUCAUAUCAGGAAGAUAUUCGUCAAAUAUCAAGGACUUAGUUAUGAUGACGUGGUUUGGGCUUCACCCCCAAGCAAGGAUAUGGAACAACAUUUCCACGAAGCUUUUCUCUCUGCUUUUUGCGACUAUGUCGAAGGCAAAUAUUUUAACCACGAGCCCUACUCUAAGAUUCGGGACCGGGUCAAUAAAUAUAAAGAGGCUGAGUUCACUGAAGUUGAUGUACAACCCGCGGGUUUGACAAGAGGCAAACUCAUGGGCUAUCAGCUGGAAGGCCUAAACUGGCUUCUGGGAAAUUAUCACGGAAACCGAAGCGUUGUCUUGGCAGAUGAAAUGGGUCUCGGAAAGACUGUGCAGGUGGUCAGUUUGGUGGCCUCUCUAGUUCAGGAUUCUCCCAAGUGCUGGCCGUUUCUCAUUGUUGUCCCCAAUGCCACAUGCCCGAACUGGCGACGGGAGUUCAAGCAGUGGACACCAGAAUUACGUGUUGUCACCUAUCAUGGAGGCAAGGUACCUCAGGAUUUGGCGUACAAGUAUGAACUCUUCCCUGGCGGGUCAACAGAAAUGAAGGCGCAUGUUGUCAUCAUGUCAUAUGACUCUGCUGCUGAUCCACAGACUCGAAUUCUCUUCAAGACUGUCCAUUGGGCUGGUCUGGUGGUAGAUGAAGGUCAGCGGCUCAAGAAUGACCAAAAUCUACUCUACCUGGCCCUCAUGGCAAUGAAAAUACCUUUCCGUGUUCUCCUAACAGGAACACCAUUGCAAAACAACAAGCGAGAACUCUUUAACCUGAUUCAAUUCAUUGACGAGACACAAGAUGCAGCGGAACUUGACGAACAGUACCAGGUGCUUGACAAGGAAACGCUGCCCAAGUUACACGAGCAAAUACGGCCAUAUUUUUUGAGACGAACGAAAGCUGGAGUCCUCAAAUUCCUACCGCCCAUGGCGCAAAUCAUUGUUCCUCUGACAAUGACCGUUAUCCAAGAGAAACUUUCCAAAAGCAUUCUGGCCAAAAAUCCUCAGCUGAUCAAGGCUAUGUUUGCCAACACCAAAAUUAGCAAGAAGGAGCGUGGGAGUCUGAACAAUAUCCUGAUGCAACUCCGGAAGUGCCUCUGUCACCCUUUCGUGUAUUCGGACGCCAUCGAAGAACGCCAUCACGACCCGGAAAUCAUACACCAGAACUUGGUCCAAGCUUCCUCAAAGCUCAUACUUCUCGAGCUCAUGUUGCCAAAACUCAAGGAACGCGGUCAUAGAGUCCUCAUCUUUAGCCAGUUCCUCGACCAGCUCAACAUUGUCGAGGAUUUUCUCACCGGUAUGAGCUACGGAUUCCGCAGGCUAGACGGCACCAUCAGUAGCUUGGAGAAGCAAAGGCGAAUCGAUGCAUUCAACGCACCUGAUUCAGAACUCUUUGCAUUUCUUUUAUCGACCCGAGCUGGAGGCGUAGGCAUCAACCUCGCGACUGCUGAUACCGUUAUCAUCAUGGACCCCGAUUUCAAUCCGCAUCAAGAUCUCCAAGCAUUAUCACGCGCUCACCGAAUAGGACAGAAAAGGAAAGUCCUAUGUUUCCAGCUGGUGACAAAAGAUUCAGCUGAAGAGCGGAUCAUGCAAAUUGGACGGAAGAAAAUGGCUUUGGACCACGCUCUUAUCGAAACCAUGGAUGAUCAGGAUAUAGAUGGAGACGACCUGGAAUCCAUUAUCAAGCAUGGAGCCCAGGCCCUGUUCAGCGAUGAUUAUCAGAAAACUGCAAUUCGGUACGACUCAGCGUCGGUCGAUAAGCUUUUGGAUCGUUCAGAGAUGGAUCAAGAGAUGCCCGAUCAAAAGGAAGAGGGCUCGACAGAGCAAUUCAACUUCGCCAAAGUAUGGUCGAAUGAUGCAUCCGGAUUUCAAGAUAGCCUGGGCUUGGAGGAGAGCGAGGCUCCCGAACCCAUCAACUCGAGUGUCUGGGAUCAGAUAUUGGCACAACGAGAAGAAGAGGCCAGGAAACAGGCAGAGGCCAACCGGGAAGUUCUGGGCCGUGGUGGAAGAAGACGAAUGGCGAAGCCGAUCAAUUACAAACCUGUCACUAUCGCACAAGCAACAGGGGCCGAAUCCCAAGGGUCCUCAGAUGAGUUCUCUGGCAGUGACACGCCCGACGAAUCUGAGGAUGACGAGGCGGCUCUCUCCAAAGGUAAACGACGAAAACCAACCCCAACACAACUCAUCACCCCAGCAUCCACCCCGACAAAAAAGGGGCCACCAAAGAGUAGUAGUAACAACACGCAACAGCAGAAGUCGGCACAGAAAUCUCUCAACUCCAACCCAAAGAAGCCCGUCCACAAAACGGCCAACGGCGGAGGAAACGAGACGCGUACACCACAGAACAAGCACAAAAAACAGAAAACGCACGGUGGCCAUACCUCCCACCUACUUACACCCCCACGACAGUCUCCCAAAGCACCACUGAAGUCCCGAAUGGCUUCACACCCCAAGGCCAAGGCCAAAUCCCACAAAACAUCCCCGUCCUCCGUUCAAACGGGAGAGUAG